AUGUCUGCUCCUACCGUCGAUGGUGCAGAUGCAGAGGCUCGGGCUACCAACCGAGCACGGUUCGAGCUUGAACUCGAGUUUGUGCAGUCCCUGGCCAAUCCGUUCUAUCUACACUCUCUCGCGCAACAGAACAUUCUGAACCAGCCUGCUUUCGUUAAGUUCCUGGAGUACCUGCAGUACUGGAGGGGCAAAGACUAUGCCCGCUUCAUACACUAUCCGCACGCCUUGCACCACCUGGAGCUGUUACAGCAUGCGCGUUUCAGGAAUGAAAUCGGGAAAGAUGAAUGGAGGGAGUAUCUGAACCAGAAACAGUUUGAUCAUUGGCGGACCUGGUGA